AUGGCGCUGACGGAGGAGCAAGCGCUGCUGGACGUCCUGCGCAACCGUCUCCAUGAAGGUGUCGAUCCCAAUCCAAGUGACUCGAGUGACUUGUAUCACAGUAGCAGUCCCUUGCGCCAAGCCAUGCUGCUUGAACAAGAGGCUUUGCACCAGCAGCAUCGCUGCUGCAAGCAGGUCGCCCACACCUUCAAGUGCAUGCAAUUACAGAGCCUCAUCCAGCCUAUGAUUCUGCCCUCCAGGCCAGUGACAAAGGAACUGGUGUCGCAACAGGAGACGCUGCAAGGCAUGUCCGAUGCCCUGAUGCGUGUGCGGGAAGAUCACCCCGUAUCCGAUGCCAUGCAAGCCUUCUCCCUCAUGACCAAUGAAAUGGUGACGCUUCGCCGCGGCUUCAACGACAAAAUUAAGCUUCUGUUCGAUAAUGACAAGAAGAAUCGCCGACUCCACGAUGAGGAUGCACAGCUCACCAAAACCGGCGCUACCAUCUAUCUCCAAGAGCAGCAGACGGCGCUGGCAGCUUGCCGCUAUGCAAAGAAUGCGAUGCAAGUUCGCGAGCGCCGAGAGAUCAUGAUGGCGGAGAUUUUGAUGGAGACGUUCGAAACCUAUCUACAACACCUCAAUCAGAGCGUCGAGAUUCUCACCUCUCUUGCCCCAGACUUUGAACUGCUGCGCGAAGCGCUCCAAAAGGACUCGAGCAUGAUUGCCGAUCGUAUGGCUGAGGUAGAAGAUGUCGAGCAACAAUUUGCCGCCUCAGUCACCGAUGCUGAGAUGUUGUUGAAGGAAGCCACCGAACGCGAGCAACUUCAGAAGCAAAAUAAGAAAAAGUUUUUUGGCAAGAGCAACAGCAGCGCUAAUUUUACCGUUCGUCUCUGCAUCCUGCGCAACACCUUGGCCGGGCUUAGUUUUGCCAUUGCAUCCCUUGAGCCUGAUAUGGUCCUGUGCUAUCGAUCCUUAAAGCCGUGUCAAUGUGCACAGGACAAAGCUUCCCUCACUGGACAAGCCUCCUCUCCCCGUCCCGCCCUAGUCUCGUCUCCGCAAGUCACACGCAAAGCACCGCCACCACCAUCGGGAGCCGUCCCAAUGCCGCCGUCCAAUGCUAGUCAAGCGGCAGGAAGUGAUGCACUCAAUGCCCCAAAUCAACCUGCCAAGCCCCCUCGCUUCUACACCCACGCCGGCUCCCAAGCCCCGUCCGAAGCCCCGUCCGCGAGCAACCACGACCAGUACACCGGGCAGUGCAUCAGCCUCCCCGGCCACCGCACAGCCGACGCCUCGGGCUAG